AUGAUCGUGGACGAAACCUCACAUGACUAUGAACGACUGGCCACACCAGUGUCGGAGUCGCGGCCAAGCGCGAUGCAUGCUGACCGUCACCAGAAGUUAGACGUGGACAACGACGAUGAGGAGGAGCAUUACUACUCGACGAUGCCGCUGCCCAUGAAGAUCAUGUGGGGUAUCUUCUAUAGUUUUGCGUCGCUGGCGUCGCUGUAUUUUUUUAUGGUGGCUGUCAAGCUCAUCGGGGACGGCAUUACCGUCGCACUCGGAUGCGACACUAAGGGCGCCUUUGACUUUGCCGACAACCCAGUAGCUGGUCUCAUGAUCGGCACCAUUGCCACUGCUCUUCUUCAUAGUUCCGGCACCGUGACGUCGAUCGUCGUGGCUUUAGUGGGCUCCAGUGGCAUGACUAUUCGCCAGGGUGUGUUUGUCAUCAUGGGGGCUAACAUUGGCACGUGCGUCACGUGCAUCAUGGUAGCGUUUGGCCAAGUCGGCGAUCUCGGCUGUUUCCAGCGAGCUAUGGCGGCGGCCACUGUUCACGACAUGUACAAUCUGUGGUCCGUCUUUGUGCUGUUCCCUUUGGAGUGGGCUUUCCACCCGCUCGAACAGCUGUCGGUCGCCAUGUCAAAUGCCCACACCGACAGCGGCGCCUUUAGUAGUCCUGUCGACGUUGUCGUGAACCCACUUGCAAAGCAAGUGGUUGUCGUGGACAAAGGCGCUGUCUACGACGUUGCGGCUGGCGCCAUCGAGUGCACGUCCAUACCGUCAUUUGUCACGGGCGGUGUAUUCGAGGGCUCGAGUAUGAGUGAUGGGAGCAUCGGGGCCAUCACUGCCUGCAUUGGUGUCUGCAUCUUAGUAUGUUCUUUGUUCACCCUCGUCAAGAUGCUGGCCAAGGUCUUCACGGGCACGACAAAGCAUCUGGUCUCCAAGCUACUCAACUACAACGGCUACGUCAACAUCGUUGUCGGUACGCUCAUCACAUUCUGUGUCCAUUCCUCGACCGUCGUGACCUCCACGAUCACUCCGCUCGCCGGCUUGGGAGUUAUCACGCUGGAACAAGUUUACCCGUUGGUGAUUGGCGCCAACUUGGGGACUACCGGUACGGCGCUACUUGCUGCGCUCGUGACUGGAAAGUCCGAUUCGGUUGCCAUUGCGCUUGUGCACUUUUGGUUCAACGUGUUUGGGAUCCUGCUUUUCUAUCCGAUUCCAAUCACGCGCAAGCCCGUUCUGAGCUGGGCCCGAUCACUGGCGUUCGCGAGUGCGGCGUGGCCGAUGACUGCUGUACUGUUUCUUCUUUUCCUGUUUCUAGUCGCCCCUGGCGUCCUGCUCGGUCUGGUCUACAUGUGCACCGCCGACAGCACGGAGGUGGCGGUGAUUGGAUACAUUAUCGCAGCUAUUGUGGUCGUGACAAUGGUGGCAUCACUGUUCUGGUACUCCAAGAAGGGCGGUCGGGUGCUAUGGCAUGCGUUCUUGGAGAAGAAGCGGUUGGAACGGGAAGCUCGCACGACCCGCGAUCCUGCUGCUAGAUCAUUUACUCGGCCCAGUCUGCCUUCCACUGCCGUAUGA